CGAAUCGUAGGUAGAUGAUGAAAAUUUGAAAUAUAUCGCCAAAAGCUUACAAAUUAAACUAAAGUUAACUUUCAGUACGGCUACUAACAGUAAUCAUAUGAAAACAGGGAACUCUACUGUUUUCAUUUCUCUAUGUGCGCUUUUUUCACAGUCGCUAUGAUAGUGACAGAAGUACAACAGUUACAUCCAUUCUGGCACUGUCAGUUACACUUCUAACAUCAUUGUUACUUCCAGUAGAUGUUUUCUUGGCAUCAUACAUGAAGAACUCUGAUGGAACAUUUAAGGAUUGGGCCAGUAAUAUAACCUUUCGUCACACUGUUGAGGAUUCUGUGCUGUAUGCUUACUAUGCCUUAUACAGUAUAGUGGUGUUUUUUGCUUUCUUUCUUCUGCCUUUCAUCUACUUCUUCUUUGAAGAGAAAGAUGAUGGUGAAAAUCACGUUGGUUCUCGACUUUGCACAGCCUUGAAGUACACUAUUGUCUUUCUUUUGGUUGGAGCAGUGCUAUUACUAAUUGGAGCCUUCAUUCCAAUGAAGAAAGCUCCUCCUAAAAAUAGCACAGAAUGGGAAAAGUUGGAAUUUAUUGUUAAUGAGCUUGGACAAAACCGUGGUGAAGAUGCUCUGUCUUUUAUACUGGGAGUCUUAAGUCUUAUUGGUAUGCUGUAUUUCAUCAUUUACACUGGUUGUGGGAUCUCAUCAUGGCCUAUCCAUCUUUUUCGGGGAACUAGAAGUGCUGCAGCAGAACAAGAUGAUGUAACAAAUCAGAGAGAAAUAACAACAUCACGGAUAACUAACCUGAGAGACAAGUAUCAAAAUAAAAAAAAGCUGUCAUCUCGAGAACAAUCAGAUUUGGCUGAGCUUCAAGAAAAUGAACAUCUGCUUUCUAGACGAGAGAGGCACCUUAAGAACCUAAGAGAAAGUUUGACAUACAAGUGUAGAUGCAUAAUACGCCCUUUCCAAAUGGUCAUAGGAAUUCUCGGAGCUCUACUUGGAUUUUUGCUGUGGAUUUCUUUACUUUUAUCAAAUAUUGAUAAAGCCAUUAACUCUCUCGGCUAUAAAAUGGGAUACGCUCAGACACAGCCAAACUUACCAAACCCAUUUGACUUUGUUCUUGUUCAUGCUCAGAAGGUUUUUCCAGUAGACUAUGUGAUUUUUGUAUGUGUUCUGAUUUACCUGGUUCUGUUUACAAUUUCUGGGAUCAGGAAUCUUGGAAUCUGGUGUUUUUGUGUCAGAAUGUACAAGAUACGUCCUCGUAGAACACCACCCCAGGGAAUGUUGAUGCUGUGUUCAAUUUUAAUGUACACUAUACUUGCUAUCAACAUAUUUCUCUACAGUGUUUCACCACAAUAUACCACCUAUGGCAGUCAACAGUACAUUGCUAAUAUAACAAAUGCAACAGGGAAUUCUACAGGCCAAGCACUGAAGAGAUGCAGCUCAGAGGCACUGCCUGAUGAAUGCACUAUGACCCGUGCAAGUUUUCUCUUGUUACGAUUUUUCUACAAAGCCUGGUUCUUUGGAGCUGCUUACUACUGGGCUAUGUGGGUGUUCUUGCUGGUAACAGUAAUUGCUUUUUUUGUCACCAUCAUUCGAAAAAGGAGGUCGUCAAUUGAAGGUCUGGUGGAAGAUGAUGACUUGGAAGAAAGUGAUGAUGAUAUGUUGAGAGCUUGAAAGUUAACCUUAUAACUUGCCUAUUUAUAUUUCAGUUAGACUUUUUUCUUUUUAAUGUUACUACUUAUUAGAAACAGUCAUAAACUUGUUUGAUAUCAGUUUUCUUAAGUGAGAAGUCAGAAUAAUGGUAAUACUGUGAGGUUUUUGCCAAAAUUUAACUAAAACACUAGUUUUAGAUAUUAUCUUAUAAUUAUGCUCAGUGUUUGAAACAUCAAAAAUAUUUUGAGUCAUGUUAAAUCUUCACAGUAUUUUCAUUCACAACCUUUGUUAAUUCUAGUGAUCAGUGGUUAGAUCAUUGUAUAGCAUAGCAUCUUUCUAUAAAACAAAACUCAAAAUAUUAAACCAGCUACAGUCGUGAAUUACUCGAACAUUUCACUCUUUCCUUAGUGGUUCUGUGAUAAAGUCCUUUCUUAUUUAAUAUAAUCUUUUUUCAAUUCUGAAGAGUUUUUUUUUUAGGGUUGUAUUCCUCUUGCAUCUGUGGAAUAUAAAAAAUGGAAUAUUAGUUUAUGUAGUUCAAACUUUGUAAUGUUUCUGGUGCAUUUGAAUAGUAUUUUUUGUUGUGUUUUUAAUAAGUAAUCUAUCUCUGUAUGUAUAGUAAAAGCUUAUCAUUUGAUAUUCAUAGAUAUUAGAUAUUCUGAAGUAAAACAAUUUAGUUCUUGUUUUAUAUUGCUUUGAAUAAAAGUAUGUUAACUUGCUCUUCAAAUGAAAUUGUUCUCCUCUAAGCUAUUGCAGCUAUUGUUUUCGUUAUCUUAAUGAGAAAUAUAUGCUGUUAGUUAUAUACAUUUAAAAAUAUUGAUACAGUUGGUUUUAAUUGUUUGUUUUUUAUCUGUAUCCAUUAAUGCAUGGAAAGCUCAUGUAAAAUUUAAACUUGUUUCAACUUUGGGUGUCAGUUGAAAAUUACCCAAAAUUAAGAUCUAACUGCUUAUAAAUGUGAAUAUCUCUUGUUUAAAUGUAGUGAAUAUGUAUAUAUAUAUAUUCAAAGUGUAUAUUGGUAUUAGUUAAGCUUAAAUUUAGUUUCUCCAUCAUUUAUUCAUAAACUAUUAUUUUGGAACUUAAUAAAGUUGUGUUUUAUCCUAA